AUGGCAACGUCGGGAACAUACGUGACUGAGGUUCCAUUAAAAGGAACGGCAGAGAAACACUACAGGAGGUGGAGGAACGAGAACCACCUCUUCCCUGACGCCAUCGGCCACCACAUCCAAAAUGUCACCAUUCAUGAUGGCGAAUGGGAUUCUCACGGCGCCAUCAAGAUUUGGAAUUACACAUGCGAUGGGAAGCAGGAAGUAUUCAAGGAGAGGAGAGAGAUCGACGAUGAGAAGAGAACGGUGACGUUUAGAGGACUUGAAGGCCACGUGAUGGAUCAGCUCAAGGUGUAUGACGUCAUCUUCGAGUUUAUUCCCAAAUCUGAGGAUGGUUGCGUCUGUAAAAUCACUAUGAUAUGGGAGAAGCGCAACGAUGACUUCCCCGAACCAAGCAACUACAUGAAAUUCGUCAAGAGCAUGGCUGCUGACAUGGACGACCACGUCCUCAAAACCUGA